UCUCUUAUUAUGCACGAAGAAUUUUACAAUACCUACACUCAAACUCCUACUUUGUUAGAGACUAUGGUGUUCGAUGUUUUUAGUUGCCACUCUACGAGAGCAUGAAAUGGGAAUUUCAGACCUUCCACGGGCAUAGAUACUUUCGGGUAUGCAUCUUGGGAUUCUAUACCCGCACCUUUUAUCGAUCGCUCAUUCGAAUUUCGAAGUGUGGCGGGCCGAGGGUGAAUUUUAGCGCGCACAGUAGGGAGACGAAAGGAAUCUCGCCAUUAUGUUUUGAGCUUCUUUCGAGGGAGCUUGUUGUCAGUUGUUAAGCGAGACGCACUGUGCACCUGAAAUUUACGGAAUCGGCGCGUGUGAGAGGAAAUGCCAUUUGUGAUGGGAGAACGGAAUUUGUUGCUGCUGUGCUUACUGCUGUUUACGGUUUCUGGUAGAGUGGAGGGCGCCACAGCAUUUUGCAAGCAAGUAGUGGAACCUCUUGGACUUUACGAUUGCGAAGAAUUCACAGUCCAAACAGAUGAUGGCUUCGUUCUAGUGCUUCAUCGUUUAAGCCGAAUGUCUUGGCCACCUUCGGCAAGUGGCCGUGCCAACAAUGCCACAAAAUCAUCCGGGACUCCAAACAAACAUGUGAAGAGAAAGACAGUUUCGCAACAGGCGCAUGAAGUUCUAGCUCCAAAACAUCUCAGAGAUAGCUCAAUUCAAGCACCCGUACAUUCGUACUUGAUGAACCGUUCAGUUGAAGGUAAAAGGGAACCAGCUCCUCUUGGAAACAAUUCUGCAGCACCAAGCCGAUCUAUCUCUUCAAACAAUCACUUGAACCCCACUGAGAGGAAGCGUUCCAGACGGCGUUCCAGAGCACCAGCUCCCCGUCAUUCAAGUCCUACGAGGAAUGGAACAAUUUCGAUACCUUCUCGUACAACCACUCCCGCCUCUAGUUCAGAUGCUAAUUACACAUUGCAUCCAGAGGCUGGAAAGAACGCACCUGUACUGAUCAUGCAUCAAGAGUUUCUCAAUGGCGAUUCCUGGUUCCAGUAUGUUGAUAGCUCACACUCGGAUCGUUUGCUGCCCUUCAUGCUUGUCGAUGACGGUUUUGACGUUUGGAUAGGUCAUCAGCGUGCAACGUACUGGGGACAUGGUCAUGUUCAUCUAAAGAAAACAGAUCGGGAAUACUGGAACUGGACUUGGGAUCAACAUGCAGAUUAUGACUUUCCUGCGCAGCUGCGCUUAAUUUCGGCCCAGACAAAUCAGCCUGUUCAUGUCAUUGGUGUGUCACAGUCCGCGACAUUAGGAGCUGCAGGCGCAACCAAUCAAGAAACGGCGCAGAUGAUUAGGAGCCUAACACUCAUUGGCCCUACUGCUUAUCGCGGAAACACGAAUUCCAUUCUCUUGGAUGCAUGGGCGUAUUAUUUUGGAGCACAGAUUGAUUCGAAUUACUAUUCAACAGGGUAUCAAAAUGGAGCGUUCAACUUUUCAUCAGAAUUUCCGGGGUCCAGCUCGAAUAUUUCCGUCACAGGAACAACUGGUGUUGUACUUAGCUUGCUUACAGGGCCAAACUGCUGCCUGGGUACAGCGAGUAUUGAGCUCAAAAUGAGUUGGGAUGGCACGACCUCUUUUAAAAAUCUUCUGCAAUGGCAACAAGGUGUGAAAACACAAUCACCAAGAAUAAGGACAAACAGGUUCGCUCGAUACGACUACGGCAGUGCCGCAAGCAACUAUGCUACAUACGGCCAACCUACAGCGCCUAAUUACAAUCUAGCACAGAUCCCAAGAAGAAUGCCUGUGUUUGUUAUUGCCGCUGGUCGGGAUUGGACAGCUCCUCCCUCAGGCACACUAACUUUCAUGCAGAUGUUGCAGAUGCCAGCCCUGCUUCUCAAUUUGACCAAUUACGCUCACUACGACUUGAGUUACAGUGUUAACCGAGUAAAUGAUGUGUAUUUGCCCAUACUCCGAUUUCUUGAAGGACAAGAAUUUCUGUGACUGGGUAAUCAUAACGAGGAUCCGAUCACGAUGAAUUAUUCUCUUGAUGCGAACCGGAGCUAAGAAAAUCAUAGAUUUCAGAUCCGAAUUUGACGACUUGGUAGCCCAAAGACAUUUCAUCAUCAUCAUCAUCAUCAAUUGCCAUAAUCCAGUAGAUCUGGGCCAAUGUCGUAGAAACAAGCAUAACAAUCCUAUAAUUGAUCGGAAUAUUCCUAGA